AUGAGGAACCAGUUGCAGAUACAAAGAAAGGUAACUGUGAAUGGCUUCAUUCUUGAUCCUUCGCAGGUUAAGUUAGCAAACUGGAUUUUCCAGACAUACCCUGAAACUGCAGUGAAUGUCAAGCUGCAAGACGAUGAGCUCAGGACAAGAUACAUGAGCCUUCUCUUAGGCAUCAUCAAGAGACUUUACCACAAGCCUCUGCGUGGUCUCACCGAAGAUGAACUGAGCAAAGUUUCCAAGGAGUUGUCUGAUGUGAAACGAGCUGGUUUUAGUGUCGAAUGGUUGGCUUCAAAGCUUGCCAGGGUGUCCUCGGAGAAGAAGACUUCUGAAGAUCGGAUUCGGGAACUCAAAAAAGAGCUCCAACAACUUAAGCUUACGGUGUCAGAGGAGAAGUCCAAGCUGAAUAAGAGACCAUGCUGGAUCACCAAGACUGAGAUACAUAUUUCUUUUUAG